AUGAUGUGUCUUUCGAAAUCAUCAGAGGCAACUUGGGAAAUCAUCACUGGUAUUUCUGAUCACGAGGUUGACGAGAAAUGGUAUAAUACUGUGAUCUAUGCAUGCUGCUUGGAGGAGGAUAUUCGUCGCUGGCCUGACGGUGAUCAAAGUGAGAUUGGAAGUAAAGGUCUUACCCUUUCAGGUGGUCAAAAACAGAGAGUGGCCCUUGCGCGCUCGGUGUAUAGUCGCAACAAAGUAGCUUUGCUCGACGAUGUCAUGAGUGCGUUGGAUGCGCAAACGCAAGAAUUGAUCAUUCAACGUCUUUUCUCUCCUGAUGGGAUAUUCCGCCCGCUGGGCACAACUGUGGUGCUGACGACUCAUAGUGCUCGACUGCUUGGAAUUGCGGGUAGUGUGGUCUCACUCACUUCAGAGGGUCGAGUUGAUCUUGAAACAACAGGAACAGAGGCCAUUCGAAACAAAGGUUUUUGGCUGGCUAGGAAAUAUUCUAGUCCGCAAACCCAGGACGACCUCAAUGACAAUCUUGACGAGCAUCUACACGGGGCCGCUUCUUCAAACUCUGACCCUAUCAGUGACAUUGAGAAUAUGGAUCGAACGCGGCAGACUGGAUAUUUGUCUGUCUAUUAUUACUACGCACAAACAGUCGGCCCAAUACUUUGUGCCGUGUUUCUCGCGGGACAUGCCAUGUUAGCCUUUGCUGAAAACUUUCCCCAGGUGUGGUUGAGCAAAUGGACCGCAGCUGGAGGUGGAAAUCUUCCACUUUAUGUGUCUAUUUACGUUCUCUUGGCUCUGGCAGCAUCGCUCCUCACCAUUUACUGCAUAUCGAUCGUCUUUCUAGGGCUGAUGCCGAAAUCGGCCAUCCGACUGCACUGGUUGCUUUUGGAUACGACUAUUCAGGAUAUGACAUUAAUAGAUUUGGCCCUUCCAAUUGCGUUGAUGUCUUCCGCUGAGGCGUUCUUUGGAUGCAUUGCCACCAUUGGUCUGAUCGCCACAGGGUCUGCUUUUAUGGUGACAACAAUUCCGGCCACACUGGUCGUGCUUUAUUUCUUGCAAAAGGUUUAUCUCAAGACGAGCCACCAACUACGAUAUCUCGAUCUGGAGUCGAGAAGUCCAUUGUACUCUCACUUUGCCGAGGUCCUCGAAGGUCUGGUAACCAUCCGAGCUUUUGGCUGGCAAGAAGCCUCAUCCAAAAUGUUGACUCGGCAUCUCGACAAAUCUCAAAUGCCGUACUACAUGCUGCUAUGUGCACAGAAGUGGUUGAACCUGGUUUUGGACAUCGUGGUGAUGGCAUUGGCAACCAUUGUGGUAACACUUGCCGUGGUGUUGCGUAGCAGCACAAAUUUGAGCCACCUCGGCGUCGCGUUGAACAAUCUUCUCGGAUUCAACCAACUACUGUCAUACUUAAUCAUCUCAUGGACUACCCUGGAGACCUCGCUUGGAGCGAUAGCCCGUGUCAAGUCAUUUGUUGAGACGACGCCUUGUGAAAAUCAACUAGAUACAGACCAAGAACUGCACGCAUUAUGGCCCGAUAGGGGGAACUUGACAUACAGGAUCUCUCCCUCCGCUAUCCUGACGGAACCUUGGCUCUCGAUAACAUCACCAUGCGCAUAUACUCGGGCGAAAAAAUCGGUAUCUGCGGCCGCACUGGCAGACUUCUCGCACGGCGAUAUCACUAUCGACGAGACCGACAUUCUUAAGGUUGCCCCCGGAUCAAUCCGAGAGAGGCUGAUAGCCGUGCCACAGGAUCCGUUCACGCUUCUGGGGACCAUUCGCUAUAAUGCCGACAUCAUGGGACUCUCCACUGACAGCGAAAUUACAUCUGUAAUGAAGCAGAUCGGCGUUUGGGCCGCAAUUGAAAGCCGUGGGGGUCUGGACGCCCUUCUUGAAGACCAUCCACUGUCGCAAGGAGAGCAGCAACUCUUCUGUCUGGCCCGGGCAAUUCUCAGAAAGCGAGCCAGUGGCGGUGGGUGCCAGGUGCUCAUUCUUGAUGAAGCUACAAGCAGCCUUGAUGCUCAAACAGACCAACAAGUACAGAAAGUCAUGAGAGAGUUUUUCCAUGACUGUACUGUUUUCAGUGUCGCUCAUAGACUUGACACAAUCAUAGAUUUUGAUCGAAUUGCAGUAUUGGAUGCUGGACGGCUUGUUGAGUUUGACACGCCACAAAAUCUCCUUGCUCGAGGAGGUUUAUUCCAGCAGAUGUACUACGGAACAGAUAGACAAGAGUCCUAG